AUAAAAGGAGAGUGCUUCCGGGUAGGAACGAGGUGACCCCAGCUGCCGCCGGAAUCUGUGGCGACAGCAACCAUGGGGGCGCACCUGGCCAGGCGCUACCUGGGCGACCCCUCAGUGGAGCCCGACCCCCUGCAUAUGCCCACCUUCCCUCCCGACUACGGCUUCCCUGGGCGCAAGAAGCGCGAGAUGGUGGCCACGCAGCAGGAGAUGAACGAUGCACAGCUGGUGCUCCAGCAGCGAGACUACUGCGCCCACUACCUCAUCCGGCUACUCAAGUGCAAGCGUGACAGCUUCCCCAACUUCCUAGCCUGCAAGCAUGAGCAGCAUGACUGGGACUACUGCGAGCACCUUGACUACGUGAUGCGAAUGAAAGAGUUUGAGCGGGAGCGACGGCUGCUGCAGCGGAAGAAGCGGCGGGAGCAAAGGGAGGCAGAUCUGGCCAGAGGCUAGGGGCCUGCAAGGUGGCCCUGUAGUGGGCCCACCCACUACCCGAUGGACCAGUGGAGAAAUAAAAGCCUCCAGGCCCUUAGCCCAA